AUGGAAGCGCUAGUUCGCGAAAGGAAGUCGCUUGACUCACGCCUUAAAAGGUCCAUCGAAAGUCUGACCCGGUUGCAAGGCAGUGAAGAAACGGAGGAGUUAGAUAUCCAGACCGAAAUCGAUAAUCUCCAAAAAAUCUGGAAUGAUUAUCUUCUCGUUCAUAAACGUAUGAUCGAGACAUGCAAGGAUGAGGAAGUCGACGGCAUUCUAGAACAUCUCGAAAAUUUCGAAAGUUCAUUUCUGGUGAAUAAAAAUCGUCUCCUAAAACUUCUAAAAAGGGUCAGUUUCGCCACAUCCACGAGGAUACAACCUUCUGCCAGUCAAGAUGGCGGUGACGCCAUUCGUGUUCUUGUCGAGCAACAAGCUGAAUUUCUGCGCCAAAUGUCUAUCAGCUUUGCACCGGUCAACCCGCCAAGUACAUCUGAGCGUCCAUCUCAAGAACGACCGACAAUUGUUACGGACCUGAAACUUCCAAGGAUGACGUUGCCAGUAUUUUCAGGGAAUAUUUUAGAAUGGCAGUCGUUUUAUGAUCUGUUCGACAGCGCUGUUCAUAAAAAUCCAGCCCUCACAGAUAGUCAACGUUUAUAUUUCCUGAAAACUAACUUGGAAGGAGAAGCAGCCACCUUACUGUCCCACCUUCGCAUUGAAGAUGCAAACUACGCUCCCGCGUUAGCCAAGUUGAAGCAGCGAUUUAACAAACCGUUUGAUAUUGCUGUACAACAUAUUCAGCGAUUCAUAAAUCAACCUCUACUUGCUACAACAUCAGCUGACGGACUUCGAUCACUGCACGACAUUUCCGACGAAUCACUACGAGCUCUUCAAGCGCUGAACCGAAACGAUCGUGAUAUCUGGUUGCUGUACAUACUCACCGAGAAAUUGGAUGACGAUACAAAGCAGCUUUGGUGUCAAAAGCGUUCUGAAAUGUCCGACGAGGAUGUUACACUGGAAACAUUACUAAAGUUCAUCGAUAAUCAAAGCAUCGCCCUUAAGUCCAUCGAAGCAACACGGCCUAAAUCUCAACUAGCAGUGAAACAGCCAUCAAAACACCAAUUCCGAAACCCUCCAACAUUGGUUGCUACUAACCAAUCAGCCAGCGACAACACUUGUGGAUUCUGCUCCAAGUCACCGCAUCAAUUAUAUCAAUGUGCGUGCUGGAUAAAUUCGGCAGACUACAUGCAUGUCGGGGUGUUCUCGAUUGAGCCUCACAUACCAGCUACAUCACUCGAGAAUUCUGCCAACAACUUCGCCUACCAACAGUACCGGUGGACUUCGAGUUUGGCGGCAUCUCAGGGGCAUCCGGACACGCAACUGAAGGAGCUCUCAUCACAUUCGGCUCACGAUGCUCCGAUUACCAAAACACCGUUCCCUGUGUUGUGCUGGACCGAAUAA